GACGAUUCAUAUUGAAAUUUGACGUUUGGAUCGGCUACAAACGAAAUCAACACUUUUGAGAAUUUGAGAAAAUAAUUUUAUUAUUUAUAAAUUAGUUACCUACCUACAUAUAAUUUGGACGAUAUAUUAUCAAUAAUAAAGAAUGGCUAAUAACUUAAACCCCUUGGCCGGUACUGCUCAUUUGCUUGAUGAAUUGGACAAGAAACUAAUGGUGUUGCUGCGAGAUGGAAGAACAUUAAUUGGAUACUUGCGCUGUGUGGAUCAAUUCGCUAAUUUAGUGCUGCAUAAAACUAUUGAGCGAAUUCACGUCGGCAAGGAGUAUGGUGACAUACCUAGAGGAAUAUUUAUUGUGAGAGGUGAAAAUGUGGUGCUUUUAGGAGAAAUUGAUAAAGAUAAGGAAGACAAUUUACCACUCACAGAAGUAUCUGUUGAUGAUAUUCUGGAUGCACAACGGAGAGAACAAGAUGCAAAAAUUGAACAGCAAAAGCUCUUAUCUAAGGCAUUGAAAGAACGAGGACUCAACUUACUAGCAGACUUGGGACAUGAUGACAUGAUCUAAUUAUAAACUUGUAUAAAUAUAAAUUAAUUAAGUAUAUUAUGUAUAAAUUGAUUUUGAAUAAGUUA